CUACCAAGGGAAAGUUAAAAAUUGUAAUAACAAAAAAUAAAGUUAAAAAACACACACAGUUCAAAUCGUCUUGAUAACGACAGUCCUCCCAGUUGGUUCGAACGGUUUGGUGGUUGUUUGGCGAGCUGUUGGCACGUCAGUAGGGCGUACAGAUUCACCGAGAUCGGUUGUUCGUCAGCUCUUCUUUUCGUUCAGUGUGAGAAAAAGCAACAGCAAAAUGGUGUUAUGUCAUAUUCGCGCGACGUUGCGGCUUGGCCAACUGGUCGCCAGCAGGUCACAGCAGGCCAGGCACCAGUGUCGAUUCCUCAGCACCAGCAGCUUCCUGUUGAAAGAGAGAUUGUUCACCGACAAACACGAAUGGGUUGCCGUUGAUGGAGAUAUCGGAACGGUUGGAAUCUCGAAAUUUGCACAGGAAGCCCUCGGUGACGUCGUGUUCGCCCAGUUACCUGACGUGGGAACGAAAUUGGCCCAGAAGGACGAAUGUGGUGCCUUGGAGAGUGUGAAAGCGGCCAGUGAGGUGUACUCGCCGGUGUCGGGAACCGUUACAGAAAAGAACACCGCCGUUGAGGAGACGCCUGGCCUGGUGAACUCGUCGUGUUAUGAAAAUGGGUGGCUAUUCAAACUGCGACUGACCAAGUCGGAAGAGUUGUCCAAGUUGAUGAAUGAAGAGCAGUACGCCGAGUUCCUGAAGCAUGAUGCCCACUAAAAGUAGUCACAGGUCGUUCGUCAUAAUUGCGAGAGAGCGAGAGAGAAAGUGAUAGAUUCAACCCAGAGAUGCAUCCAAACGGAUUCAGUCAGUCGCUAAGCAGGGAGGAGUUAUUGCAGCUAAUCAGUCGAAGCAUUAUGCGCGCACGAUCACGUGCAGUAGUGGAUAGUUGCUAGGCCAGAUAAGUCUUGUGUAAAUCGAAUGUUUGUAAUUUAAAUAUAAAGUAAAUACGUUUUUCCUACUCAA